AUGGACAAAGGCCUCAGGGUGAGGCCUUCUGGUGUCAGCGGCGUCAUGAACUCCAUAUUUGUUUCCGCGGCAACGAAAGCAUCGAAGAUGCUCGUGGCCGCCGCGUCGGCGGCGGUGGCCACCGGAGAAGGGGAGAGGUGGCAGCCGAUGAACACGGUGCGGUACCUGGUGAUGCUGACCAUUUGGGCUAACGUCUGGGUGCUCCGCAUCGUAACGGAUGUCUUCCCUCCUCCUCCUGCUGUUCUUUCCCUGCUAGAUUUUGGUGUUGAAGGAUUGAUUGACAAGAAGCAGCAGUCCUCCUCUACGGCCAUUGUUUUGCAUGGAGGAAGUGGAGGUGGGCUCCGCGCAUGCACUACAGCCAUAGGGAGAGCUCUCUCGCAUAUCUUGGUGAUCCUGAACGAACUCCCGUCGACGUCGACAAAGUACGAGUUUGUACUGGCGAUGGCGGACAGAAUAGUGACGGAGAAUGUCCAGCUGGGGCACGGGGAGCUGCUGGAGGUCAACCGGGCCGUCCUCGCCUCCGGCUUUUCCCGCACCAGCGAGCUCCUCUGCCGCGCCCUCCAGCGCUCCUCCUCCAUCACCGCCACCUGGCCGUCUCGCGUCCUCAGCCUCCUCCCCCUCGGCCCCCGCCUCGCCGCCUUCUACGACGGCCUCCGCCUCUGCCUCGGCGGCCUCCUCCCCCCCGCCGCCGCCGCCGCCGGCGCCCUCCGCCCCUACAAGUCCCACCAGCAGGUGACGGCUAAUGCGGACGAGUGGCUGGAGGCGGAGAAGCUGGCGCACGAGCUGCUUUGGAUCACCAACAAGCUGAGGACGUCCUCGGCCCUCGGUGAGGCGAUCGUGCGGUGGGCGUUCGCAUCCGGGCUGGCCUCGCUGUCGCUCGCUGCUCAUCCCAGGGUUCACUGUCCGAUCGUCAAGAUCACAGUUUUGUUACUCCGAGAGCUGGCACGUGGGGAGUGGGAGGCAGCGAGGGAGGUGACGUUUGGGAUACUGGCGUUGUGGCUACCCCUGCUAUGCUACGCUAGCCACGGGGUGACAAGCCCGGUGCUAUCGGGGAUGGAAAAGUGGGAGAUGGAGAGGGUGAUCGAAGACCUCAUCGCCGGCCUGCCGUGGGACGACCAGGAGAUCAUCCUCCGCAACUGGCUUGAGGACUUUUCUGCAUCCGACUCUGAUUGGCCCAACCUCUCGAGGUCAUUCGACCGGUGGUGUCGGUAUUCACGCAAGCUUCUUUGGACCGGAAUGCUAAGAAAGCCAAUAGCCCACCCCGAACUGAAACUAGCCCUGAUGCUAUAUGAUAUUUUCCGUCUUUUCCGUGGGUCCUGCUCCUCCAAGUACCAUGCUGUGGGUCCUGCUCCUCCAACUACCAUGCUGUCUUGCUCAGACUUUCUUUGGAUCAUUCCAGGACCGCCUAUCCACCUGGAAGAAGAUGCCCCACCACCAACCUCCAUCAAAGGUUGA